CUUGUGCUUUCUAUGCAGGCAUGACAGCAGCAGGAAGCGGCGAUGGUUUUGGCACCACGGCCUGGUGGGGCUUUUCUCCAGCACUUGACCUACAGGCUACAUGUCUGGAGGCCUCUAUGGAACAUCUGCAGCUGUCCCAGGAUGGUAUUCCCGAACUGAACAUCCUGCUAGUGGGAUCAGUAGACGGCCGUCAUAUCCUCAAAACAAUAAGUCAGGCGCACCGGUGGCCACGGCGGAAAAUCAAUUUCUUUGUGCUGGAGAACAAUCUGGAAGCCCUGGGUCGGCAGCUGCUGUUUCUGAGUCUGGCUGUGGAGCCUCUAGAGAAGAUAGGGCUGCAAGAGAAAAGUGAGACAUUCUUGGAGCUGAUGGGAAACACACUGCUCCGAGGCCAGACGGCUGCUUAUCUGCAGGACAAGGCAAACCUCUUCAUCCGCUAUGUCACAGACCCUGAUUUCCAGCAAGCUCAUCUGCCCCUCGUUGACUUGUCUGCCCUCAAGUUCAAGGAGAGGGACCAGUUGGAGGCCAUCUUCAAGUUCUGGCGGAAUCCCGACCCGCAGACUUUCCAGAUCAAGCAGCUCUGGGAUCUGCGACUCCGGCAGUAUCUGGGGGCCCGCUAUGACUCGCGCCGCGGGGUGUGCGACUGGGACCUUAAUAUGAAGCUGCAUGAACAUGGGGCCAAUGUGAUAAACUUCCGUGAGUUUUACCGGUGGCGGGACACAGGUAUGGCCUUUGAAAUGCGGGAAGCCCCCUACGACAUCCCCAACAAGACCUUGGCAUCUGGCCGCCUCCUCAGACAUAAAGGGGAACGAAUACCAGCACGGGGAUAUUGGGGAGACGUAGCCACAGGCCCCUACAUCAUUUUUGGGAUUGAGGCAGAAGAUCCCAACCUGCUGAAAACGACCAAUGGCAUCCCCAGUAAGAGUGCCCAGGAAAUCUCCUUGCACAAUGUCACUGCCCUGUUGUAUGAACUCAGCUAUAACACCCGCUAUGACCCAUCAGCAUCCGCUGACGAGGAGGGAAUUAGUGGCAACUUGCAGGGGGCUGGUGACCAUUCCAAGCUGGGUGUUAACGGUGGCCCUCCUUCCGUAGAAGAUGCCAGAGUCUGCUUCUUGCCUCUCAACUGCCUCCCUGAGCUCCACCACAAAGGCAAAUACCAACAGCUCUUCAAUCUCAUAUUUGUCUCUUGCAGCAUGGUGCACGUCCUAAAACCAAAUGUGAAUCUGAUUGCAGCCCCGAAAGCCACUCUUAUUGUUGAGCUGACAAACUUCCUGCCUGACCUCCACAAGGAGCAGGUCUCUGUGUUCUCCUCUCAAGUAGCCAAACAAGUGGCUGAGGCAGGAUUUGUUCCAGUCCAAGCAGCAGACAAAAAACCCUUCUCCUUGUUCCAGCUUGGGGAUCAGGAGGCUGGAGAGAUCUGUAACGAGUUCCCUGCGCUCAAGAUGACAGCACCUGGUCCCUGAGAUUCCCCCUCUGUACCUUAGUUUCC